UUUGCAGGAAGACCUGCGCCACCACAAUAUUCACUUUAUAGAGCCACUUAUGAAACUGUUAAAGAUGGUAUAAUAAGUAGGGACAAGCAUAUCAAUCAGGAUGGAGAGGCAUUGCUUCAAUUCUUGUAUCAACAUAACAAUAAGCCCCCACGCAUGAUUAUGCAUUUCUAUGGUUACCACGAAGAAACCGUAUGGAUAACUCAAACUUAUAAAAAUAAUAAUGGAGAAACAGUAGAGGAGCGUGUUCCGACGACAAAACGAAUUGAAGACUUUCAUUUUUAUAUUGAUUGUAGCGCUGAUAUAUCUCCAGUCUGCCAAGGAAUGUAUAUUUCUCCAGAUCCUAAAACUGGAGAGCAGAAAACAUUACGGCAGCUUUGUGAUGAGUAUACACAUUCAACAAAUGCAUUGAAAGAACUUAAACUAACAAAAGAAGUCAGUUGGGACUACAACGGUCUUACCUAUCAUAAAAUUGUUGUGAAAUCGGAUGCUGCUGUUUCGCGAUGGAUAGAUAAUAAGGUGCUACGAUUUCUGAAUUUCAUAACUUGUCUUUGGAUAAUAACACUUCCGAUCGUUUGGUUCUGUAAAAAACGAUUUGGACACUCCCAUUUGAAGAGUUCUUGGUGUAUGAAUAUUUCUGAAAGAGAUUGGUAUGGCAUGCAUGUGCAAGAAGUAAUUAAUUCUUGCCGUGGCCGAUAUGCGUUUAAUGGAAGA